AUGCGCCUCGCACCGACCGACACACGCGCGGGCAUGUCCGCCGGAGCCGAGGAGCCGGAGCGGCUGCAGCCGCUGGCGCCGCGGCGCGGCGCGUGGCGGCGGCGGCUGCGCGCGCGGCUGCCGGUGCUGCGCUGGGCGCCGCGCUACUCGCGCGCCGCCGCCGCCGCCGACGCCGUGGCGGGCGUCACGCUGGGCCUCACGCUGGUGCCGCAGAGCAUCGCCUACGCCUCGCUCGCCAACCUGCCCGUGCAGUACGGCCUCUACUCCGCCUUCGUCGGCACCAUGCUGUAUGUGGUGCUGGGCACGGUGAAGGAGGUAUCGAUCGGGCCCACGAGCCUGAUGGCCCUGUUGACGCUGCACACGUGCCGCGACUUGCCCAUAGACUUCGUCGUGCUGCUCACCUUCCUCUCCGGCUGCAUCGUGCUGCUCAUGGGACUGCUUAGACUUGGUUUCCUGGUGGACCUGAUCUCGCCGUCGGUGACGAGCGGGUUCACGUCGGCGACGGCGAUGAUCAUCGUGAUCGCGCAGCUGAAGGGGCUGCUGGGGCUGAGCUUCGUGGCGGAGUCUCCGGCGGAGAACCUGUGGCUGAUCGCGCAGCGCUGGCGCCUCGUGCGGCCCGCCGACUGCGCGCUCGCCGCCGUCUGCUGCACCCUGCUCUUGCUCUUGAGGAAAUUAAAAGAUGUGAAAGUGAACCCGAAGCGCUACAGGUUGAAGAAGACGCUGUGGCUGAUCUCGAUCGCGCGCAACGCGCUCGUGGUGUUCGGCGCGUCGGCCGUCGCCUACUGCGUGCACGACCCCGCACAGCCAUUGUUCAAACUUUCUGGCAAGGUGGAGCCGGGCCUGCCCAAGUUCGGGCUGCCGCCCUUCAGCGUGGUGAUGAACAACCAGACGCUGGGCUUCACGGACAUGGUGGCGCGCCUCGGGCCGGGCCUGGCGCUGCUGCCGCUCGUCAUGGUGCUCGCCAACAUCGCCAUCGCCAAGGCCUUCAGCCACGGCGGGCGCGUGGACGCCACGCAGGAGAUGGUGACGCUGGGCGUGUGCAACGCGGCGGCGGCGCUUGUGCGCGCCAUGCCCACCUGCGGCGCCUUCACGCGCUCCGCCGUCUCGCACGCGUCCGGCGUGCGCACGCCCGCCGCCGGCCUCUACUCCGGCAUCAUCACACUGUUGGCGCUGAACUACCUCACGCAGUACUUCUACUUCAUCCCGAAGGCGUGUCUGUCCUCCGUGCUCGUCUGUGCUGUCAUAUUUAUGAUCGACUUCGGCACGAUCGCGCGGCUGUGGCGCGAGUCGCGGCGCGAGGCGCUGCUGGCGGGCGCCACGUGGGCGGCGGGCGUGGCUGUGGGCGUGGAGGCGGCCGUGUUGGGCGGCGUGCUGGCGUCGCUGGCCGCGCUGCUGGCGGCGCUGCUGCGCGCGCCCACGCUGCACGCGGCGCCGGGCGCGGCGGGCGCGGCCGUGGUGCGCGUUGGCCGCGUGCUGGCGUACGUCAACGCGGAGCGCGUCGCGGCCGCCGUGCAGCGCGCCGCCGCCGCCGCGCCCGCCGCGCCCGCCGUGCUCGUGGACUGCGCCGCGCUCGCGUACAUCGACUACACCGCCAUGCAGGUGCUGGCGCGUGUGAUCAAAGAGGUGGAGAGCUCGGAGCGGCAGGUGGUGUUCUACCGCGCGGGCGAGGCGGCGGCGACGCGGCUGCGCGCGGUGGCCGGCCUGGUGCCGCACGCGCUGGCGGCGCGCCGCGCGGCCGACGCGCUGGCGGCGGCGGCCGCAGUCGCCCCGCGGCGCUCGAAGGGGGAGGGCGCCGCGGCCGCGCUGCUCACCGCCGCGCGCGACGACGUG